AUGGGAGCGACCACCAACCCUCCUUUAGGAGUCGUAGUAAUCGGCCUAGGCCAAAUGGGCAUCAGUCACGCCCUAGCCUACCACCACAACCCCGGAUUUCGAAUCCUCAGCCUAGUAAAUCGCAGUCCAGCAAAGAAUCUCCCCAAAGAGCUCCAGAAAUACCCAACUCAAACAGACUUCCACACAGCUCUAUCUCUGAACCCAGACAUCGUCUCAAUAAACACCCACACCAAUACCCACGCGCAAUACGCCAUCGCAGCAAUGAAAGCAAACGCGCACGUGUUCGUCGAAAAACCCCUCGCAAGAAACACAGAAGAAGCAAAGCGCGUAGUAGAAACUGCCCGCCGAACCAAACGCAAGCUAGUCGUGGGAUACAUCCUCCGAUACCAUCCUAGCUGGGUUGAAUUUAUCCGUCAAGCGCGUCUUCUCGGUCCACCAUUCGUGAUGCGGAUGAAUCUAAAUCAGCGCUCUGCAGGGCCGUCGUGGGAAAUUCACAAGCGACUUCUUCGGGAUUCAAAGAAUCCAAUCGUCGAUUGUGGCGUGCAUUAUCUUGAUGUCAUGCUGCAGAUUUCAGAUAGUAGACCUUUCCAGGUGCGUGGGAUGGGAGUUGCACUUAGCGACGAGGUUGCAAGUGAUGAGGUGAACUAUGGCCACCUCCAGAUUAUGUUUGAAGAUGGAUCUGUAGGUUGGUAUGAAGCAGGUUGGGGUCCUAUGGUUUCUGAAACGGCGUGCUUUGUGAAAGAUGUUAUGGGGCCUAAGGGUUCGGUGUCGAUUGUUGCUGAUGAAAUGGAGCCUGGUGCGUCGGCAAAUGUUGAUGGUCAUACUAAGACGUCAAGGUUGAAGGUUUCUACUAUGGAUAAUGGGCUAGUGCAUGAUGAAUUGAUUUCUAUGGAGCAUGAACUUGGUCAUAAUGAGCUGUGUGAGAGGGAACAGCAGUUUUUGUUGGAUUGUAUUUGGGAGGAUCGGGAUCUUGGACAGCAUAUGGAGGAUGCGAUUCGAUCGUUGGAGAUUGCGCUUGCGGCAGAUCGUUCAAUGCGCGAGAAACGGGCGAUUGAUCUCGUUUAG